CUGAGCGCAGGCUCGGAGAACGGAUGAGAUGGUGAUGGUGGAGGUGCGAAAUGCGCCCCCUUCGGUCAGAAGAGUUAAAAAGCAGCGAGCGUGCGAGGGUCGCUCCACUGUGAGUCUGACAAGAGCCACGGAAAAGUUAGCAGCGGAUUUUAGACGUGUACCACCCGCGCACAGCAUCAUGGCAAACAAAGCAAAGCCUCCUCACCUCCACCUGGCCGAGGUCACAGCGUCCCAGUUCCUCGACAUCUGGAAGCACUUUGAUGCCGACGGCAAUGGUUAUAUCGAAGGGAAGGAGUUGGAGAAUUUUUUUCGGGAGCUGGAAACCGCCCGCAGGGGAGCUGGCGUGGACCCUUCAAACCCAACAUUCAGAGAAAAGAUGAAUGACUUCAUGCAGAAGUUUGACAAGAACAAAGAUGGAAGAAUUGAGAUGUCAGAGCUGGCCCAGAUUCUUCCCACUGAAGAGAACUUCUUGCUCUUCUUCAGACAAUUUGUCAGCUCCAGUGCUGAGUUCAUGGAGGCAUGGCGACGAUAUGAUACAGACCGCAGUGGCUACAUUGAAGCGAAUGAAUUGAAGGGCUUUCUCUCGGACCUCUUGAAGAAGGCUAACAGAAACUACGACGAGCACAAGCUUCAUGAAUACACACAGACCAUACUCAGGAUGUUUGAUCUGAAUGGAGACGGAAAACUGGGCCUUUCAGAGAUGGCGAGACUUCUACCUGUUCAGGAGAAUUUCCUGCUGAAAUUCCAGGGUGUCAAGCUGACUAGUGAGCAGUUCAAUGCAAUCUUUACAUAUUAUGACAAGGAUGGGAAUGGCUACAUUGAUGAGAAGGAGUUGGACGCCCUGCUACGAGACCUUUGCCUGACAAACAAGACGGAGGCAGACCUGAAGAACCUGACAGACUACAAGCAGAGCAUCAUGAGCCUUUCUGAUGGAGGGAAGCUCUACCGCGGAGAGCUUGAAAUCAUCCUCUGCAGGGAGCCAAUUCAAUGAUUCCUGAUCCUUUCUUCGUCUGUAUGAUUAUGUCUGCUCUGCCUACCCUGCUCUCCCAAUUAAGCACUCGCUUCCUGCUGCCUGGCAAAAAAAACAUCAGGUGCAUGUGCUGGACCUCCCAUCUUCUCCUAAAGCUGCUUCCGAAUAAUUGACAAGUAAACCAUUGGCACACGAUAGCUCUUCUCUAUUUACCCCUUGUUUUCUGCAACCUGACCUCUCGAACCUUAUGUGAUCGUUUCUGAACCAUGCAGCAAGCCCUAACAUUCAAUUUGAAGUCGUUUGACGCCACGACAUGAUUUUAAUUUCAAUGUUUGUUUUUGGCCAAUGCUGUUAACUGAAAAUCCCAAUAAAACUCUUCAACAUGAA